AGCCGGGAUGCGCCGCCGGUGACUGGCGAGAGGAUCACAGCGUGGAGGGUCCCUGGGAGGGGCUGCAGCGCUAGGGAUUGGGGAUAGAGCUCCCAGCGUGUAGGAGCCCUAGAGGAGGAGAGCACCUUCGGGCAGGGACCCUGGGGGCAGGACUUCACUUCACUUCCAGGGACAGGAAUUACUUCCCUCUACGACUGUGUUUUUAAGAGGCGCCUAGAUUAUGAUCAGAAGUUGCACCGAGAUGACAGAGAACACGCAAAAAGCCUGGGACUUCAUGUUAAUGAAGAGGCCUUGGCAUAAGCUGAGCCAUCUUCCAAGGAUUGUUCCAGAAGCCACAGAGUGGAGGCUGUCCAAAGAUCCCCUGCCCCGGAUUCAAGAGGUAAUCAGCAACCACAGGUUGUGCCACAGAGAGGAACAGAACUGCUUCCGGGUCUCUCCCAGAGCCCCGACUAUCGGUUUUGGUCCCCGGAGGCCAUUCACCCUCAGGGAAGUGACUCUGUUAGUCUGCAGGGCAGCAGCGCCCAUCCUGUUUAUGCAUGAAGCACUUUACUACUUAAGUCGGAAAGGAGACAGGUGUAAGCUGGUCCCAUGCAGGGAAAUCAAACACGACUUCAGGUCCUCUUUCUCUGUUGUUUUUCGGCUUAGAGGCAGACCUUGUUGUAUUGUGCUUUGCUUUACUGCACUGCGUAGAUACUGCGUUUUUCAUGAAGUGAAGGUUUGCGGCCACCCUGCCUUGACCAAGUCUAAUGGCACCAUUUUCCCAGCAGCAUGUGCUCAUUGUGUGUCUCCGUGUCAGUAUUUUUUGCAAUAAAGUAUUUUAAA